AAAUUUCUUCUUUAUUUCCACUUAUAAAUAAUUUAACAUUUUUAUUUUUUUGAAAUUUUGUUUGAAUUUUGUGGCGGUAUGUCGGACGGAUUUACGGUAAUUCCGGCGGCCGUACUUCGGAAUUUAUCCGAUAAGUUAUAUGAGAAACGUAAAAACGCUGCACUUGAGGUUGAAGGAAUUGUGAAGCAAUUAACAGUUCCUGGAGAUCAUGAUAAAGUUAAUGCGGUUAUUAAUUUAUUAACUCAUGAGUUUACUUAUUCUCCUCAAGCUAAUCAUCGAAAAGGAGGGUUGAUUGGACUGGCAGCAGCUACUGUUGGUUUGAGCUCUGAAGCCGCACAACAUCUCGAGCAAAUUGUGCCACCGGUCAUCAACUCUUUCUCUGAUCAAGAUAGCAGAGUUCGGUAUUAUGCUUGUGAAGCCUUAUACAACAUUGCAAAGGUUGUCAGAGGAGACUUCAUUGUGUUUUUCAACCAGAUAUUUGAUGCUUUAUGUAAGCUUUCAGCAGACUCGGAUCCCAAUGUACAAAGUGCAGCUCACCUUUUAGAUAGACUUGUGAAGGACAUUGUGACAGAGAGUGAUCAGUUCAGCAUUGAAGAAUUUAUACCUUUGUUGAGAGAGCGAAUGAACGUGCUAAAUCCAUAUGUCCGACAAUUUUUGGUGGGAUGGAUCACGGUGUUGGACAGUGUUCCAGACAUAGAUAUGCUUGGCUUUCUUCCUGAUUUUCUAGAUGGUUUAUUUAAUAUGUUAAGUGAUUCCAGCCAUGAAAUUCGGCAGCAAGCUGACUCAGCACUCUCGGAGUUUCUUCAGGAGAUCAAGAACUCUCCAUCUGUAGAUUAUGGUCGCAUGGCAGAAAUACUUGUGCAGAGAGCGUCAUCCCCUGAUGAAUUCACUCGAUGGACUGCGAUCACUUGGAUAAACGAGUUUGUUAAACUUGGUGGUGAUCAGCUUGUUCCUUAUUAUGCGGAUAUAUUGGGAGCUAUCUUGCCUUGCAUAGCUGAUAAAGAAGAGAAGAUACGAGUCGUAGCCCGCGAAACAAAUGAUGAGCUGCUUGCAAUCAAGGCUGAUCCUGCUGAAGGAUUUGAUGUUGGAGCAAUCCUUUCCAUCGUAAAGAAGCAGUUAUCUAGUGAACAUGAGGCCACUCGGAUUGAAGCGCUGAAUUGGAUUUCAACCCUUCUAAAUAGACAUCGGACGGAGGUCCUGUCUUUUCUGAAUGAUAUUUUUGACACGCUUCUGAAAGUACUGUCAGAUCCCUCUGAUCAGGUAGUACUUCUGGUGCUGGAGGUGCAUGCUUGCAUAGCAGAGGAUCAAUAUAACUUUCGUCAACUUGUUAUUUUCUUGGUUCAUAAAUUCAGGACGGAUGGCGUACUCCUAGAAAAGCGCGGUGCUUUGAUAAUCCGCCGGCUUUGUGUGCUUAUCGAUGCUGAAAGAGUUUACAGGGAACUGUCUACGAUUCUGGAGGGGGAAGCCGAUCUUGACUUUGCAUCUACUAUGGUUCAGGCUUUGAAUUUGAUUCUGCUAACUUCUUCCGAGUUAUCUGACCUAAGAAACCUUUUAAAGCAUUCACUGGUGAAUACUGCUGGAAAGGACUUAUUUCUUUCACUAUAUGCCUCAUGGGCUCAUUCAUCAAUGGCCAUAAUAAGUCUAUGCUUAUUGGCACAGGCUUAUCAGCAUGCAAGUUCUGUUAUUCAAUCCCUAACCGAGGAAGAUAUUAACGUCAGAUUUCUGGUUCAGCUGGAUAAACUGAUACACUUGUUGGAGACUCCAAUUUUUGCUUAUCUUAGGUUGCAGCUUCUUGAACCCGGGAGAUAUAUAUGGUUGCUAAAAGCCUUAUAUGGUCUUCUUAUGCUCCUUCCCCAGCAAAGUGCAGCCUUUAAGAUCUUAAGGACUCGUUUGAAGACGGUCCCGGCGUAUUCCUUUGACAAGGAGCAACUUAAACGUACAUCAUCAGGGAUGCAUUUUUCUGAUGAUGGUAACAUGAACGAUGAUUCUAAAAACAUGCAUAAUGGAAUAAAUUUUGCAUCUUGGCUUCAGCGAUUUGAACAGAUGCAGCAACAGCAUCGUGUGCACUUCAAAUCACAAGCACAUAACAGUUCCACGUCCUCCAAGGUCAAGGAGGUUCAAAAGCCUGAAGAAUUCAGGGGACCGCCUGUGCCUGAAUUGAGCAGGCCUCCUUCAAGGUUAUCUCGUAAAGGCCCUGGACAGUUGCAACUAUGAUGGAUAUGAUCAAAGAUGAAACUUCAGUGAUGAAUUGUAGAUUGUAUAUUAUAGUAUUCUUUUCAUUUUCAUUGAACUUGUGAAGGUGGUUUUUUUCUUUUAUUGUUUUUGUUUUUCCCGGUUUCAGAAUCGUGCUUGGAUAUCUCUGAGCUAUUAUUCUUUACUCUGGACUAUUGUUCUUGUGGUUGUAUAAUUUUUGUUAAAAACCACAGAACCAGAGAUCAGGUAUAUUGAGUUAGAAGUUGCAAAUCCUUCUGAUAAUAUUCUUAUAAUAAGAAAUCUUGAAGGCCUUUUUGUU